UUCACUUUGCUUUGACAACAAUGAUUCAGUAUCCACUAACCGAAGCGUCAUCAACCGAUUUAGACAUGACACACCUGUAUCUUACAUCCAACAUCAGGGUAACGUGUCUGGUGUAAAUCCACGAGAACAUACGUGUAGAUUAAGUACGACAAACGAGAAGACAACCAGUUUGAGUUCAAAAAUUGUGAUUUUACAUCUGAAGAAUUGCGAAGGUCACAAAAUGGCUGCUGCACAAGGAAAAGAUGAAGAUGUUGGCACAUAUAAGUGUCAUCUGAAAACUUGUAAGCUCGGGGGAACCAUUGACUCCAUGGAUGGGAGGGCAGAUGUCCGAGGCUACACAGUCAAGGCCAAACCAGAGUUCCUGGUUCAGUGGGAUGAUGAUGGAGUGGGCGUAUUCCACAUGAGGUGCUGGGAGAUACUGAGUGACCUAGCCAACAGUUCCAAGGUCACUGACCUUUGUAGCCAGGAGAAGGCACUUGUUUUGGAAGCGGAGGAGACUGCUGAGUUCCACCAAUCCAUGGACAGUAUCCGGACAGAUGCCUCCAGGAUAGCUCUCAUGAUCAAAGAAAGCAAAUAUCCUAUUGCAUUCACAGGAGCCGGAAUUUCAACAUCAGCUGGUAUUGGAGACUUCCGUGGUAUUCAUGGAAAGUGGACGAACCGGGACAAGGAAAAAGACCAUGGGAGCCAGAAAGCUGGAAAAACAAAAGCCAGACGAAAUACCAUGUCCCUCCGUCCUACAUACACCCAUGAGGCUCUACUGAAGCUCAUUGAGUUGGGCCACCUACAGUAUAUCAUAAGUCAAAAUACGGACGGUCUUCAUCGUCUGUCUGGUGUUCCCGAGGACAAAAUUUCAGAACUACAUGGAAAUGGCUUUGUAGAAAAAUGUGAAAAAUGUGAGAAGCGUUAUGUGAUGAAUCACAACCAUCGACUAGGCCCCAAGGAUCCGAAAGUUCCUGUGAAGAAAUGUGAACACUGUAGAAUUAAUCACAGAACUGGUAGGAUUUGUCCUAAUGUAAAAUGCAAGGGCUAUUUGAUGAAUACCAUUAUCAACUUUGGAGACAACCUGGAGGAGCAUGUACUGGAUAGUGCCAAUGACAAUGCCAAGAAAGCAGACAUGGUACUGACUCUAGGCUCGACUCUGAGGGUCUCUCCAGCUAACAGUCUGGUCACUAAGGGUCAGAAACCUAUCCAACUUGUCAUUUGUAACAGACAAACAACACCGUACGAUGACAUUUGUGAGAGGAGAGACCCUUCCACCAAAGCUCAGCUUGGCUGUCGUGUGUUCGGAGACUGUGACGACUUGAUGAGGGCGGUCAUGCGUCAGGUUAUGGACCCUGCUGAGUUGGAGGAGUGGGAAAAGGGUCGACAAGAAAGGAUAAAAUCUUACAAUAGUCAGAGGUAGAAAUAGAGGGGAUAAAGUCUUACCACAGCCAGCACCAGAACUUAACUGUGUUACACAAUAUUGAUUUAAACUUGAUUUUAUUGACUGCCAAACAUUGACACAUGCAUUGAUUAAUUUGAGAGAGUUCCACUGUGUUCAUAGCUGAUGUUUGAAAAUAGAUAUGGCAUUCAUAGCUGAUGUUUGAAAAUAGAUAUGGCAUUCAAAGCUAAUGUUUGAAAAUAAAUAUGGCAUUCAUAGCUGAUGUUUGAAAAUAGAUAUGGCAUUCAUAGCUGAUGUUUGAAACUAGAUAUGGCAUUCAUAGCUGAUGUUUGAAAAUAGAUAUGGCAUUCAAAGCUAAUGUUUGAAAAUAAAUAUGGCAUUCAUAGCUGAUGUUUGAAAAUGGGUAUGGCAUUCAUAGCUGAUGUUUGAAAAUAGAUAUGGCAUUCAUAGCUGAUGUUUGAAAAUAGAUAUGGCAUUCAUAGCUGAUGUUUGAAAAUAGAUAUGGCAUUCAUAGCUGAUGUUUGAAAAUAGAUAUGGCAUUCAAAGCUGAUGUUUGAAAAUAAAUAUGGCAUUCAUAGCUGAUGUUUGAAAAUAGAUAUGGCAUUCAUAGCUGAUGUUUGAAAAUAGAUAUGGCAUUCAAAGCUAAUGUUUGAAAAUAAAUAUGGCAUUCAUAGCUGAUGUUUGAAAAUAGAUAUGGCAUUCAUAGCUGAUGUUUGAAAAUAGAUAUGGCAUUCUUUGUUAUUGCCCCUUGAUUAUAUAAUGUUCCUAUGCAGUAAAUCCCACAAAUUCUUUGGAAACACGCUGUCAGAGUAUACCACUAAUUUAGAAUUGAUUAUCAUAUUGUUGUCACGAUUAUAAAGUAUGUAACAAAUAAACUGCUUUGAUUUUUACCCAUGUCAUAUAAUAAAUACUGAUAUCUGAAUUGAUUAGGUUCAGGUGACAAUUUGAGUUUCUUUUAAAUUUACUUCUCUGUAAUAGUCAGUACUCUAUAUAGCUAGUGUUUACUUAAGCAUUGAACUGUUUUUGUAUGUAUUUAUUACCUAUUUGAAUGCCAGAGCUUUGCAAGCAAGCAACAUAAAAUGCGUGGUAGAUCUGGUCAGUGGAUGAAACAGCUGGAACAUGGUCGCGUGCUGAUUGGAAAACAAAAUGGUACAUGGAAAAUUUAAUAAACACUUCAGUUUUGUCCAACAUUUUAUCAUCAAUAUAAUGUGCACACGCCACGUUUUCAUAAUAAUUGAUGUUGGCAAAAUACUUCCUCGUUGAAAUUUAUUUUAAACUAUGUUUUGAUUUUUACAUUGAAUACAUUGUAAUUCCGUUCUGUGUUGUAUAAACACGCUAAGAAUUGUGUCGCCUGAUGCAUGGUAUUUAAACAUACAUCACGACACAGCUCUCAAAGACUAUAUAAUGACAAUGCCAUUCAAAUGUAAAUACAUCUCUGUAUGUAGAUAUGUACUCUGUUGUUACAUUUCUGUAUGUAGAUAUGUACUCUGGUGUUACAUCUCUGUAUGUAGAUAUGUA